AUGAUCCGUCGGGACAUAAGCGACCAUGUGCCUUCAGGAGCAGACGACCUUUUCUAUUUUUGGAUUUCUUCUUGUUUUCUUUCUUUAUUCAUCGUUGUUUAUAUUUUACGUUUUCUGUUUUCUUUUUUUUCUCUCUCUCAUUUUCAUUCUCCAUUUUUUUCUCUCCGUUUUUUUUUCCAAUAUAUUUCUCAAGAUAGUUUUUUUUCUUUUUCCAACUUUUUCAUUUCUUCUGGUCAUUUCGCCUCCUUUUUUUUUUUUUUUUUUUUUUUUUUUUUCAGCAUUUCGCUUCCUUUUAUCCCGCCUUCAUUCAUAAUUUUCAUUCCUUUACGUUUUUAUCAUACGUCUUCUUCUUCUUCUUCUUCUUCUUCUUCUUCUUCUUCUUCUUCUUCCCAUUUUUCUUGGCUUGUUCCUUUCUUUUUUUCUAAUUUUCUUUCUUCAUUUCGUUUCAGUUCUUUUCUCCUCUCUUUCUUUCUGCCAUUCUUUUCUUCUAUUUUCUUUCUUUGUUUCUUUUUCGUCUUUUUCUUGUUUGUUCUUUUUUCUCCUCUCUUUUCUUUCUUUGUCCAUUUUAUUUUCUAUUUAAAUUCAUCUUGUUUUUCUUCUCUCAUUUUAUCUGUCUGUUCUUUCUUUCUCUUUUCUUUCCCUAUUUAUUUCUUUUUAUUUCCUUGUAGGUCCUGUUUCCUUAUCAUCUCUUCCCUAUUUCUUCCACUAUUCGUUCAGUCAUUUAUUUUGCUAAUUCUCGUUUCCCUCCUCUUCUUUUUCUUCUUCUUUUCUUCUUUUUCUGUUUUCUACUCGCUUCAUUUAUUGUUUCACUUUUCUCAGAACGUGUUUUUUGCUUUCCCUUAUUCUUCUCUCUAA